CUCUCGUCUCUCUCAACAAGAAGAACAAGAGGGGUUUUAUUUCCAGCUUGCUAGGGUUUUACGCUCUCUCUCUCUCUUCUUCCGUUUCCACCUAAAUCAUGAGUCGUCAUCCUGAGGUGAAGUGGGCCCAGAGGGAGGACAAGGUCUUCCUUACCGUGGUUCUGCCCGACGCGAAGGACGCCAAGGUUAAGCUUGAGCCUGAAGGUGUUUUCAUCUUCUCUGCUAGUGCCGGCGCAGAGAAUCACCAGUAUGAGCUGAAACUCGACCUUUUCGACAAGGUUAAUGUAGAGGAAAGCAAAAUAAGUAUAGGAGUGAGGAGUAUAGUCUGUAUUGUGGAGAAGGCAGAGAAAGUUUGGUGGAGUAAGCUACUGAAAGGAGAUGGCAAGACACCGCAUUAUGUCAAAGUAGAUUGGGACAAAUGGGUGGACGAAGACGAGGAUCCUCCAGCAGCGGGUGCUGAUGACAUGGGCAUGGGAGGCAUGGAUUUCUCGAAAUUUGGUGGCAUGGGAGGUGAUGAUGCAAUGGGAGGGAUGGGCGGACUGGGCGGUAUGGGUGGAAUGGGCGGAAUGGGUGGUAUGGGUGGAAUGGGCGGUAUGGGUGGAAUGGGCGGGAUGGAUUUCUCGAAACUUGCUGGCAUGGGAGGUGAAGGUGGAAUGGGUGGAAUGGAUUUCUCGAAAUUUGCUGGCAUGGGAGGUGACGGUGCAAUGGGCGACCUUGAUGAUAGUGAUGAUGACCAAGAAGUGUCCAAGCCAGGUGAAUCAGAUGCCGGCAAGAGUGAAGUUGAUUCCUCAGGAGAGAAAAAGGAAGCUACAUCGAGUGCAUGAUUUCAAUGUUUCUUUCCGGAUUGGUUUGCAUUACUGAUGCCCGCUUCAUGGCUGAGGCCGGUAGUUUUUCCAGCAUUAGUUACUGCGUGUGUUUGAUCUAACUAUGUGGAGCUAUUCUGCUAGAUCAUGCUUAUAGACCGACAGAUGCUUAUGUAUUUUUACAAAGUCAUGUCUUUUUCAUCUCUUUAGAUUGGUGGAUAUCCGUCUGCCUCUGUCAUGUUAAUCUGUUAAUACCUCGUUUAAAAAAGUAUAAUGAAUCUGAAAGAACCUAAAAAGAUCUUCACUGUGUUCAAGGCUCAUGACCGAAAUCUGUCGUCAGUCCUCUCUCAGCAAUCACAUUGACAGGGUGUGGAUUAUUUUUGGUUAGCUGCUCAUGGACAUGGCAUCGGAGUCGUAUUAAGCUUCGUGGAUAACGGAAAUGACUUCAGAAGUUCAUAUCGAUGAGCUUGUGGUCUCAUAAAAAUGGAGUAAUUUCGUAAACGAUUUGUAUCCCUUUUGGUAUUUGCUUUGUUAAAUUCGUAUCUCUGUGAAUUAUUGUGGAUACAAUUCCCGUUCUACUUUGUCUCAGUAACCGGUCUAAUUAGUAUGAACUUGUUUAUUUCACUUCUUAAUUUUAUCAA